CGCGCGCUGCGCUGAGCGGCGGCGGCGGCGGAGGAGCGGGCAGCGGCGGGGCCGGGGCGGGCGGCGGGGCCCGCCGGGGGCGGCCGGCGCCAUGGGCACGGUGCUGUCGCUGUCGCCGAGCUACCGGAAGGCCCCGCUGUUCGAGGAGGGGGCGGGCACGGUGGGGCACUACACGGCGGUGCAGAACAGCAAGAACGCCAAGGAGAAGGGCCUGAAGCGGCACUCGCUGAUCUCGGUGCUGCCCUGGAAGCGCAUCGCCGCCGUCUCGGCCAAGAAGAAGAGCUCCAAGAAGGUGCAGCCCAACGGCGGCGGCGGCGGCGGCGGCUACCAGAGCAACGUGACCCACCUCAACAACGAGAACCUGAAGAAGUCGCUCUCCUGCGCCAACCUCGCCACCUUCGCGCCGCCGCCGCCCCCCGCCGCCCUCGCCUCGGCGCAGAAGGCGCCCCCGGCCGCCCCCCCCCCCUCCGCCGCCGCCGCCGCCGCCGCCACCCCCCGCCGCGUGGUGGUGCAGGCUUCGACCAGCGAGCUGCUGCGCUGCCUCGGCGAGUUCCUGUGCCGGCGCUGCUACCGCCUCAAGCACCUCUCGCCCACCGACCCCGUGCUCUGGCUGCGCUCCGUGGACCGCUCGCUGCUGCUGCAGGGCUGGCAGGACCAGGGCUUCAUCACCCCCGCCAACGUGGUCUUCCUCUACAUGCUCUGCCGGGACGUCAUCUCGGCCGAGGUGGGCAGCGACCACGAACUGCAGGCGGUGCUGCUCACCUGCCUGUACCUCUCCUACUCCUACAUGGGCAACGAGAUCUCCUACCCGCUGAAGCCCUUCCUGGUGGAGAGCUGUAAGGAGGCCUUCUGGGACCGCUGCCUCUCCAUCAUCGACCUCAUGAGCCCCAAGAUGCUGCAGGUCAACGCCGACCCGCACUACUUCACCCAGGUCUUCGCCGACCUCAAGAAGGAAAGCGGCGCCGAGGAGAAGGGACGGCUGCUCAUCGGCCUCGACCGGUGAGCGACCGGCCCCGGGGAGGCUCCCGGUCCCGAGGAUGCUCCCGGUCCUGGCCCCGAGGGUGCUCUGGGCUCCGGGGAUGCUUCUCGGCCCCGAGGAUGCUUCUCGGCUCCGGGGAUGCUCCCAGUCCUGGCCCCGAGGAUGCUCUGGGCUCCGGGGAUGCUCCUGGUCCCGAGGAUGCUCCGGGGGUGCUUCUCGGCCCCGAGGAUGCUUCUCGGCUCCGGAGAUGCUCCCGGGCCCGAGGAUGCUCCUGGCCCCGCUCCGCUCCCCCCUCUCGACUCUCAGCCGCUUCCCGAGCUUUUUUUUUUUCCAGGCAGGGAAAAGCGGGAGCUGCUGCGGCUCCUCCGGGGUCUGAGGGGGACGGGGGUAUUGGGGAUUUUCAACCGGAGCGAUCCCAGCGGACGGGGGGGAGCCCCCCAAAUCCUCCCCCCCCCGGGCACCGCAUCGCCGAGCCAGGGACCAGGUAGGGGGAAAAUGGGGCAAAAAAAUGGAAAAAAAAAAUGGGCUAAAAGCUUCACCGGAGGCAUCUGGACGGGCCCAAUCGUGACUUGGUGGAGCAGCCGGUAACGGGACAGAACCGCGGGCCCGGGGACCCCCGAACCCCCAUCCCUUUAUUUAUUUUCUUUGAAGAGACUCGGAUUCCCCGAGCGGGUGAAGGGAAAGGGAGACGAUCCCGCUCCUUCCCACGCCAUCCAUGUGAAAUGUCUCAUUCCCAUCGUGCACUGACCACGAGCAUCGUGUAAAGGAUCGACCUGGGUGUGCAAGGACCGACCCCACAUGCUGCUAUACGAGUCCUUCUAGAACACCCCCCCACGCCGCUGACCUGGGGGGGAAGGAAAAGAACCAACCCCUUCUUUAUUCUUUCAUUGUUGCUUUUACAGUGGUAUCGCGCAUGCAAACGGGAGCGUUUUUGUGUCUUCAGAAAAAAAAAAAAAAAGGCAAAAUCAUAAAAAAAAAAUAAUAAUGAAUAAGCAAAAGGGAAAAAAAAAAAACCAACCCCAAACCUGAAGGAGAAAACGGCUGUCAAACCGUGCACAAAGCCCGGCACCGCCCCGCAGCCCCACGCCAGGGCCCUUCCACCCCCAGUUUCCCCGAUUUCUGUUCUCCGCGUGUUCUGGUUCGGUUCCGCUUCGGUUCUGCUCCGUCAGGCACCGAACUCGCAGCCGAGAGGGAGAAAUACCGUGCCAUUGAUUUUUAUUCUUUCUUUUUUUUCACUUGAAGCUCCAUCGCUGUACAUUGGACCCUGCUAUGACACAUGUGUCCGUACGUUUUUUUAGUGCAAUCUCUUCUGUAGAUCUUUGUUGACCAAAUCGGUGGGUAUUGUUAUUAAUUUAUAUUCGUCUCAUUUUUGUAUGUAUGUGUAUAGUGUGUUUGUAAGUAUGUGUGGUUUAUAACCUGACCGGCUGUGUCAUGGGGCUCAGUGUGCCUGUAAUUUAAUCCCCUCCCCUUAUUUUUAUUUAUUUUUGUACUGUGCUGAUGAAAUAAAAAUGCACUGACCAUCCAUUACACGGCAGCACUUCGUGGUGGAGUUGUUUCUGCAACGCGACACCCCCUGCGCGCCGCUGGGAAACGGGAUUUGCCUUGACAGAAGCGGGGUUUAAGGCACCCACGGGUUUAAGUGGGUUUAAGAUGCUGAGAGAGGCGAGGAGCAGCAUCGCACCCGCGAGAGAGGGCACAAAACGACUUACCCAGACACCGACACUCUGCUUCCCAUCAGGCAUGACCUGCCGCGGUGGGAACCGGCACUGGGAUGCGACAAAUGUUCUUUCUUUUAAUUUAUUACAGAAUGAUGUAAACACAAAGCCAGGUCC